AUGGCCGAUGAGCUGCCUGUGGACCCGGACAGGUUACUUCGAACGAAGAUGGCGGUCUUGCGGCAGCGCCCGAAGCUCGCAACAGCGCUCAUCUCCGUGUGUAGUCAGGCGAAGGGUCCAGGGUACGUUUUGCGCGUGCUGCAGCGUGGCCACGUUCAAGUCAAUGUGUUCCACCACAACGCCGCCAUCUCUUGCUGCCAGAACUGGCAAUGGCAGCAGGCAGCUGACAUGCUCAUUGCGAUCUCGCAGUGCGCAGUGCCCCCCAACACGGUGAGCUGCAACACAGUGUUAAGAGCCCUGGACGUUGCUGGCCACUGGUCUCUGGCCAUUGCUGCUGCAACAUCGUAUGUAGCGAUUGGCCUCGAUGUGGUCAGCUUCAACACAGUUCUCUCGGCACUGUCUCGCAGUUCCUCGUGGACAGCUGCGCUGGGUUUUCUGCGGAACAUGAGUACGCAGCAGCAGCCUGCAGACACCAUUACUUUUAACUCUACCGUGUCUUCCUUGGCACGACGAGGACUUUGGACAGAAGCACUUUCAUUCGUUGCAGUGCUAAGACAACGACGCAUGCAAGCUGAAUUCGUGAACGAAUCAGGCAAUGCUGCGGUGCUGCAUGCGAUGGAGCAGAAGGGGCGCUGGCAGACAGCAGUUGUUCGUCUAAAGGCUGCAGUGGCAGAUGGCGAACUGUACCAUUGGAGUGCCAUCGGUGCCACAACAUCUGCAUGUGAGAAGGGGACCGCCUGGGAAUUCGCUGUUGCUGUGGUCACUCACAUCUCCAAGCAGGGCAUGCAACCAGAUGGAAUGUGCAUCAGCGCCAUGGUGAGCGCCUUGGAAAACUGCAGCCGAUGGCAGACCGCAUUGGCCUCUGUGUCUCUGAUGCCGACUGGCCGCUUGGAGCUGGACACGAUCUGCUGCAGCGGCGCAAUCAGCGCCUGCGAGAAUGCAUGUCGCUGGCAAGCUGCGGUAGUAUCCUGCAUGCAAGUCUGUUUGUAA